CAAUUUCAGCACCUAAACGGCAAGACAUUUAUUUUAGAAUCAUUUCGUUUUUGUUAGUCUUACGAAUUGUUUCUUCUUUGUGAAAGCUCGUCGAACGGAAGCAAAUCUCGCUUUUUUACCCCUUUUGAAAAAUAAAGGAAAAAAGUUCGUAAAAAGCGAAAAAAGCUUAUCGAAAUUGAUCGCGAACGAAAGUGGUAAAUUAGUUCAUAUACUAAAAUGGUUGCCGAUAAUAUUGAUGCUGGCGUUGUUGCCAUUGCUGCCGCGGAUCAAUCCUCGGCUCCGUCCGGUGUUUCCAUUAAGGACGAGCUGCCAGCUGGCAAUUACAUCCUGGUUUCUGUUGACAUCGACACCACUGGACGUCGUUUAAUAGACGAGAUUGUCCAAUUGGCUGCUUACACACCGUCGGAUCAUUUCGAGCAAUACAUAAUGCCGUAUAUGAAUCUAAAUCCGGCUGCACGUCAGCGCCAUCAAGUUCGCGUCAUUUCCAUUGGAUUUUUUCGUAUGCUGAAGUCGAUGCAGACGUACAAGAUCAUAAAAUCAAAAUCAGAGGUCGCUGCACUCAAAGACUUUCUUGACUGGUUGGAUCAGCUGAAAUCCAAGAAUCCCGAUGCAGAUGGCAUUGUGCUGUUCUACCACGAGGAGCGUAAAUUCAUACCCUACAUGAUAUUGCAGUCGCUGGUGAAGUACGGAAUGUUGGAUAGAUUCAACAAGACGGUCAAGUCCUUUGUGAAUAGCUUCAAUUUGGCCAAAAACUCAAUUGGCGAUACCAAGCAUUACAGUUUACGUAAUCUAUCAAAGAUUCUGACCAAAACCAAAGAGGAGCAACAGGAAAUUGUGGCCGAAACUACUAACAUCAACAACAACAAUAAACGUAUUAAGAAUGGCCUACAAAAGGAGCGCGAUGAAUUUGAUGGCAAUGCGAGUGUUCGAGCCAAGUUAGCAUACACUGUGGCCAUGCAACUUAGCAAUUUGGAUAAUCCCAAUGAGCCGGCAACUGUGGAGGCUUUGGGUAACCUCUAUAAGGCCCUCAAACCCUUCACCGAACCCAUUAGCGGUGAUGUUAAAGAGCUAGACACACAGAAUUUGAAUCUGGAGCGUCAGAAUUCAUUUCGUCCCGUUUUCUUGAACUAUUUCAAGACUACAUUGUAUCAUCGUGUGCGUGCCGUUAAAUUCCGUAUUGUGUUGGCCGAGAACGGUUUCGAUUUGACCACAUUGAAUGACAUUUGGACGGAUAAACAUGCCGCCGGUUUGGAUACGGCUUUACAGGGUAUUUCCAAUCUGAAGGCGGAGGAUAAGACGGAAUUGGUGGAGCUGCUGGACAGCUUCUUUGAUCCCAACAAGGUCACCAUUAAACCCGUGGUCAAACCCAACACUGUACGGCGUCGGAAUAAACGUAAUGCUCUCAACCAGAAAUCCGCUUCAAGCGGUUCACAUUCCGCCAGCGAUGAAUUUGGUGCCGGUGGCGAUAAGUCCCAGAGUUUGUCCUCGGUGCCGGAUUCAACUACCAAGACACCAUCUCCGAUUAAGAGCGGUUCCAGAUCUCAACGUAAACGCAAUUCACGUCCAAUUGUUAAGGAGGGAAAAUCCACAGAGACAGCUCUAAAUAACACUGCUCCGGCUAGCAUCUCUGUGUCCAGCUUCGUGCCCAUUGCAGCCACAAACUAAUCUGACCACGUUAAAGAAAAUUUCAAAAAAUAGUUCGAUUGGAAAGAAAAUCAAGCACAAAUUGUCAGACGGAUCAAAUGAGAAAGAAAAUAGAAUACUAGAUGCGAACUGUUUUCCUUUUUUGAAGAACGACACAGAUUAGAAACAAAAAAAUUAGUCCAAAUUCUAGAGUGACUCGUAUAAAUUUCAAGUUGGUAAUAUAUGCAACAUGUAGACGUGACUAUAUGUGAUGAAAACAUGUGAGUGAAUGGAUAAUAGAAACAAAAGACACGUAAAACUACAAGGAUACAAAAUAUAUAAGAGAAAUAAGCGCCGAUUAAAAGAUAAUCGAUAAGCGUACACUAAGCUACAGGUAUGCCCAAAAUCGUGAAUAGCAUUUGGGCUAAUACCAAUACCAAAUCCAUUCCACACUUUAUGUAUAUUUUGGUCAAUAAGGAAUCAAUCGUAUAUGGAUAUAAUUUUGAUAAUUGAAUACGCUAUCCAAUAUCGUUGCGUUUAGGGCAUAAUUUUCCAAAAAUAUAUCAUAGAAUACAAUACACGAUUGGAAAACUAUGGAUCGAUAAACGCUUCGAUUAGAACAACAUUGGGUAAACCUAGAAACACUGAAGAAAUCGUUACAAAUCAUAAAUAUGGUUACCCAAUGUUAUGGAAUCUCGUAAAAGUCUCAAGACUGAUAUAAUAUGAAUGAGAGAAGUGGAGAAACUGGAAACAUCAAUUAUUUACACAAAUAUAUAUCGAAAAAUCUGAAGAGAGAAGAAACUAUAGCUGAAUCCUUACUAAACAGCACACACACACACACACUGACAACACAUAAAACUCAUAUAAUUUCGCAUAUAUGUAUGUAAUUGUUUAAAAUGAGCAGAAACUGCAGUAACAUAUGUACGUCAACUACAACAUCAAUUUAUUUCAAGCUGUAUUUCACACACAAUUGUUUCAUGUUUGCACAUAAGUUUAACUUACAAUUUCAAUAAAAAUAUGAGAUUAUUGA